AAGUUAAUACUUAUAAUUUAUAUCGACAGUUUAUAGUUUACGUAGGUAGUUAUUUGGCAAGCAUCAGCCAUGCCAAAUGCCUAAAGAUCGUAGUAAAUAGUGUGCCGUUGCGCGCCACUUGUGGAGCUUAACGUUAGCCCUGAAUUGCAGCUAAAGCGAAACGGGUUAAUGCGCAUCUGGAGUGUGGUGCCAUUGGACGCGCGUUGAACGCCUUGGUAUCACAAGAGACCAUCGCACCAUUAACCGAUGAAGUCAUUGCGAUGUUAAAGGAAAAACAUCCAGGUCGGCCCGCUGACCUGGAUGCACCGGUGGGUAAUGUGGAUGCGGUCGCUGCUGAUGUAACUUCCAGAGAACUGAUAGCUGCCCUUGAGUCGUUUGAUGUAGGUACCUGUCCAGGACCGGAUGGUCUACGCGCUGAUCACCUCAAAGACUUGUUGUCUGCGCAAGGAGAGACCCGUCGAAAGCUGUUGGACGCCUUGGUGAAGUUUGCUAACCAUUUACUACAUCACGAAAUUCCCGCAGAAGCCAGAGAUGUGUUUUUCGGAGCUAAUCUCUUCCCGUUCUUAAAGCCCGAUGGAGGCAUUCGCCCUAUAGCCUCUGGUUGUACGCUACGUCGUUUAAUCGCCAAGAUUGUGUGUUUCCGUUUGUCAGCAGAUAUGGGAGACUAUUUCCGCCCAGUACAGUUUGGGUUUGGGACGAAGAAAGGAGCGGAAACGGUGGUGCAUUGUGCAAGAGAGUUUCUACAGACGCCAUCGACUGAAGCACGAGCCUUUCUGAAGUUUGACUUUUCUAACGCUUUCAACACCGUCAGACGAGACAAGAUUUUGAAAAUAGUGAAGGAGCGCAUACCCGAGUACUACAGGUUCUUUUGUUCGGCGUAUGGAGAAGCAACAACGUUGUUCUGCGUUUCCCCUAGCACUGGAGUUACCCUUUCGUCAGACAGUGGUGUGCAGCAGGGCGAUCCCAGUGCUCCUAUGUUAUAUGGUUUACUAACUCUAGCGCCUUGUUCACUGUUAAAAACGAUCAUUAAUCUGUGGUAUCUAGACGACGGAGUGAGUGCAGGUAGCCCGCCGACAGUUCGCGACGCCUUUUUGGAACUCCGCGGAGCGGCCGCUGAAAUAGGCUUGGAGCUAAACACGAAGAAAUGCGAACUAUACGUAGACGGAGGAACAGCCUGCGAGCGUGCGGAAGUGGUCCGAAUGUUCAUGGAUGUGGCACCGGAUACACACGUUGUCACAGCGGAAAGGCUGGAGCUGUUGGGAUCUCCAUUAUUGGCGGAAGCGGUCGAGAGCGCGUUGAUGAAGAAGGUCGGUCAAGCACAAGUGCUGGCCGACCAGCUCGGUAUAUUGCCUACACAUCAAGCACUAUUUUUGUUGAAAAAUUGCUUGUCGCUGCCGAAGUUGUUAUACCUCCUUAGGACAGCUGAGUGUUGGCAGUUCCCGGAUGCGCUGCAUAAAUUCGACGAAAUGAUUCGGACCAAGGCGGAACAGCUAACGAACGUUGCAAUGACCGAAACGGUAUGGGAGCAAGCUACGCUACCAACGAAGUUUGGGGGAUUGGGAAUGGUAAAAGCAGCAGAUGUGGCGCUCGCUGCUUAUGCCUCGUCGCUGCAUGGAGUGGCCAACGUCGUACGCAAUAUAAUAGGCAGUGACGCAAUCUCAGAAAAAUGCACGCGCCUCACCGAAUUAUGGACGGAACACUAUUCGACGGAAGCUCCCCGGAUAGAAAACCGCCAGUUCCAGUCUGCUUGGACAGCAGUGCAGCACACCAGGACUGCGACCCGCAUGAUGGAGAAUGCCGACGUAAUUACCUCAGCUCGUUUGUUGGCUGCAUCCUCAUCGGAAUCGCGGGCAUGGCUUGCUGCAUUACCAGUCACAAUUUUUGGUAACUUAUUGGAAGAUGCCCAUUUACGCAUAGCCGUGGCUCGACGAUUGGGAGCCCCAGUAUGCCAGCAACAUGUAUGUCGCUGCGGAGUCACAGUAGACAGUCUCGGUCAUCAUGGACUUGUAUGUAAGCUGGCCAAAGGAAGACACGGUACUCAUGCCGUGUUGAACGCCGCGACAAAACGGGCCCUAAAUUCUGCCAGAGUGCCGUCGACGCUUGAGCCACCGGGACUGGAUAGAGGAGAUGGCAAACGGCCAGACGGUGUAACCGCUUUUCCUUGGCGCAAUGGGAAACCGAUGGUUUGGGACGUUACUGUUGCCGACACGUUUGCCCAAACCUACAUUGGCCAGACCUCACGUGUUCCAGGAAGUGCAGCGGAAAUAAGAGAGAAUCGAAAGCUUGAGAAAUACGAUGGACUGGCGGAUCGAUACAUAGUGCAACCCUUGGCAUUUGAAACCACGGGAACUUUCGGACCGCGCACAAAGAAAUUCUUCAAGGAAUUGUCCAGAAAGAUUUGCGAAUGUAGUGGUAACCCUCGGUCGGGAGAGUUUUUGCGUCAGAGAAUCAGUAUUGAGAUCCAACGUGGAAGUGCAGUGUCUGUCCUCGGAACAUUUAGUGACAUGAGAGACAGCGAAGAUGUUUUUUUAGCUUUUAGAUUGGCUGAUCGGGAAUAAUUUGUACCCGAUGUUGUUUUUCA